AUGGUUAUUGACUUGGAACCGAAAAAGGAAAUCGUAGAACAGAAUGACGCCAAUGGAGAAAUGGAGUCUUGCGCAAUACCUGGCUUAACGAUGGCGACAGUUAAGGUCAGAGAUGAAGGCCUGAAUGAAGCGCCAGCUUUUAUCCCAACAGGUCCAACAUUCCCAACUAGAAAACGUCGUCCAGUGAGGCACAAUAUCACAAUGCAAGCAAUGAUGCGUUACAGGGUGCCUUUCUUCAAAAGAUUCAUGCCAAUCAUGCUACCAAUGUAUCCGCUGCUGGAGGAGAAAGUCAAAUGGGAUGUAUAUGGAGAGAAAUAUCGGCCUGAGGAUUACACUGUAUCCAAAUUGCGGGUGCAUCUCCCCGUACCUCAGGAGAUUAUCAAAGAAGCCGAUGACCCGACAGCUAACAUGGCUCUGCCAUUGGUAGACGAUGCGCCAACCAAAUGUAUCACAGUCAUAGAGAAGAUUGAGGUGUCUUGUAACGUUGAGUACAUUGAGUUUGAGGGCAGAUCAGAUGGAGAGUCGGGUCAUAUAUUUGCUCCAUCGGUUGGUGAAACUGUAGAUGCUACAGUAGCUUCCCAUAUUUACCGAAUACUUUUGAAUGAUGAGCUGUUUGAAAGCUUGGAAUUUAUCAAGGUCAAAGAUGCCGAUCUGGCAUGGAUUGAUGCUCAAAUCACUGCACGACCAUCUGAAGUUGGUGUGGAGAGAGAAGAUGGCAUGGAGGUUGAUGAGCAAGCAGCAGAUGCUCACCUAACCGAGCAACACAUAGAUAAAUGUAUGUUGAGUGCGCUCAGCGGUGAAGCACCGUUCCGAGAUGUCGUUUAUGUGAACGAUCCGAAGUUAUCCGAAAUGAAGCAACUACUGCUUAACAUGGGUUUCUCAGCGGAAUUUUCUUCUGGAGUUUUGUACAUAGGAGGUAUCGUUUUCAUAUAUUAUAGUAUUAUGCUUAGGUUUCUUAAGGGUUAAGC